UUAGAAAAUAUCAUCGGGUUAGGGAUUCUUUUUCGAACCGUUCAACUUUCUUUUCGCGUAAGGCUAAUCUGAAUCUCAUGAUAAAUCUGCAAUCUGCGAGAAGAAGCUGGGCAAUGUCUCUUCGAUCCGUCCUCCUCAGAGCAAGUAUCAACUCAAACAUAGAGUUGCAACACCAGGCAAAACACAUGCAUUCGGAUUCGGGGGACCCUAGGUUUUAUUCACUUAUUCGACAGGGUAACUCAAUUUUUCUCGAUGAACAGAAGAGAAGUGGCAUUUUAUCCCAUAAAAUUUCUGUGAAUGGGGCACGACUUCAUUUUGAAACCACUGGGAAUGGACCACACACUAUUCUUCUUUUACCAGGCGCUCUUGGCUCCUCUAGAACAGACUUUUCUAAACAGCUCUCAGACUUCAAUAAGAAGGAUUUUAGACUGAUUGCAUUUGACCCACGAGGGUAUGGUAAAAGCAUUCCUCCUAGAAGAACAUGGCCUCUGGAGUUCCUGCAACGUGAUGCUGAUGAUGCCAACGAACUCUGUAUGAAACUAGGACUGAAUGGAAUAUCGGUGAUGGGUUGGAGUGAUGGGGGAAUAACAGCAAUGAUUCUGGCGGCUAAAAAUCAUGAUCUUGUCAAGAACCUUGUUAUAUGGGGAGCCAAUGCUUACAUCACAGAGCAGGACAUGAAAGUCUUCAAUGGUAUGCGUGACAUUAAAACUUGGAGUGAAGCCAUGAGAAGUCCAUUUUUGUCCCUUUAUGGGGAGAAAUACUUUCGUGAACAAUGGUCCAACUGGAUAGAUGCUUACCAGGCAUAUUUCGACAAACGAAAUGGAGAUAUUUGUAAGGAUGACCUAAAGAAUAUUGCAGCACGCACACUCAUAAUCCACGGAAUCAAAGACCCCAUGGUGCCGCUGGAACACCCAGACUACCUUCACCAUCACAUCAAAGGAUCGAGAUUGUACAUGUUACCCGAGGGAAAACACAACCUUCACAUCCGUUACUACAGAGAAUUUAACUUCUUAGUAGAAAACUUUCUGAAGCCAUCGAAACCUCACAGUGCACUUUAAAGCCCAAGACUUACAAAGAAAAAAACCCCAACAAAGCAUUGUCAACUAUUACCCACAUUUAUCGUUGUUAAUGGGAGUUGAUAAGCUUUGUUUGAAUUUGUUAAAAUUUCAAGAGAUAUAUGGUUAUUAUUUAUUUAAAUGUUUCAUUAAGACAAAAUCUUUCCUUAGAAAGGUAACAAUGAUAUUUAUUGAUAGAAAUAGGUGUGCUUUGGUGAUAUAAUUUGACUGACAAUGACUGUACAAGAUUAAGGCAGCAUUGUAUGCAUUUUGUUGAAUUCACGUAUGCUAUCAAACAGCUGUAAAUAUGACAGGUACUAUUUUUUAAAUAGUCAUUUGACUAAAUCCUAAAAUUGCAAUGUUUAUAUUAUUGCACAUGAAAAUUUUAAGUCUCUGGUCAUCCCAAACACAAUUUAUUUACCAGUGAUCUACUGUUUUGCAGCCAAUAGUAAAACGAUAACCAAAUCAGAAAAGGAAUACAUUUACAUACAAUUUACUGUGUGUUUACACAUAAUUAUAUAUAUAUAAAAGACGUAUUAUGUGAAAUCAAGCUGGAAAGUUGCCAAAUACUCCUGUAGUUUGCCUUUGAGAAUGAAAGAGGAUUUGAAAAUUUUAGAUGUGCUUGUAUCACUAUCUACCAAGGGCUUUGUUUUAGGAUAGCUGUGACUUAUAACUAUUAUUUGUAAACAGGCAGUAGUGUAUCUCAUGUGAUAUCUUUGCAAUCUACCUGAUUAGAUGAGCCCUGUUAUUCUAUGGGAAAUUUUGAGAUUUAACAGAGGUACAUUAUCACAUGGCUGUAUAAUGUACAUGUAUGUGUGAAAGUGAAUGGGAGGGGCCAUUUUAAAUUCCCUAUUCAAUAUUUACUAUGAUUGUGACACUGUAUAUUUUGUGUCAUUUCUGUGUAACAGAUUUUUAAAAAUUGAUUUGAUGUAUACUUAAAUAUUAAGAGUAUGAAUUUUUAAUCUCUCUGAUAUAUCAUUGAAGGUCUUAGAUUUGUUAUAGUCUGAGGUUUUUGUCUUUUUAUUUUCCUCCGAUAUUUGCUGAUUUUGCCUAUCUAUUAUGUACAUUACAUUUUACAAUAAAAAUUGAUAAGUUCAGAUCAAAUUGGUUAACAAUUUACUGAAAAUAAUAUCACAAGUUAACUAUAUAUAAACAUUUUAGACAUAUCAGAACAGAAUUUUGAUACAGGAGCAUUAUUACCCAUUCGUUUUACAAUAUGUGAAUGAAAGUCAUUGUGACCAGAAUGAGUACAUCUACUGACCAAAUGGCCAGCUUCAUGACUGUAGGACUUGUAUACAACACAGUCUCACAUGGUGUAUAUAUUAUCUGUUGAUCGCACAACCUCACACAGUGUAUAUAUUGUCUGUAGAUCGCAGCUGUGUUCUUUUAGAAUAUCAAUCAAAGCUGCAGAUAUAUCUGUAAGAAAGAUUUACGCAUUAAAAAAUAGGAAAUGUUA